GCGCCAGGGACUCGAAGGGUACAAAAGGACCAGUUUUUCCCUCUUCUUUCUUUUCCAAUCUCAGUCUCACUUCAAUCAACUUUUACCUUACAAUCACGCCUUACAAUCACACCACCUAACACCUACUACAAAGCUUUCAAGGUAUGCAUCCCCCUCUUCUCCGUUUGAACUUAGUUGUUUGAUUGUAAUUUGUGCUCUACUUUCAGUUUACUGUUUGAUUGUAAUUUGUGCCUUACUUUCCAUUUAUUGUUUAGUUGUAAUUUGUGCUUUACUUUGAGUUCAUUGUUUAGUUGUGGCUUAAUUAUUCAUAAUGUCUUAUCAUUCCAGUUUAAUUCGUACAUUGUAUCCAUCUAAUAGUAUCUAAACCAUAAAUGUAGAUGUCCGGAUUUACCUUCCACUUCGAUAAUCCUGUCAUCCGCGGUAGUCGCUUCCUUAUCCGCGCCACCUUGGGAAAUCACCCCUACUUUCUUGCCAACUGGGAUGGAGCCGUAGCCACCUCAAGAAUUGUACCAACUCCUGGUGGCGGCAUCGAGCUCAUUACGAUAAGGGUUAACGGACAAGCCGUCGCUUUUGAGAUGGAUUCUUUCAAUGCUUUAGAAUGCUUCGAAUUCCUCAAUCGUCGACUACCUCCAGCUCUCCGACCCGCCCCGAUAAGUCGCGCUGCGGAGAUGCAGAUAUUGUACCUUUCGCGCCACUUCGGUUAAACUCGACAACCGUAGGAGCGCAACUCCCAGCUCUCGACAAUCGACUACACUAGCGCCUCUUGUUUUUUUGUGGGUAUUUUAAAGGGAAUGGGAAGGGGGAAAGGUGGGAAUGGAGGGAAGGUGGGGAGGGGAGGGAAGAUUGGGGGCAAGGAGAGGAAAAUUUGGAAUAGGGAGUUAUGUAAAUAGCGAUUUACGAGUGGUUGAGGUUUCCCCACAGGGGUUUCCCUCUUCCGUUAGUAGCGAAUGUCGCUCGUACCAAUAUGAGUUUUUUCAAUUAAUUUGGUCCUGAUGCAAUCUGCUUGGUGACUCGUGACAUAAAACCUGUGUAUAAUUAAGGCUUAAAGAGAUUUUCGCCAAUUAAACCGGGAAGCUUUUAACUGCUUUUGAAUUUAGAUGUGAGCCUUGGUCACUUAGUCCAUGUAUUAGUCAUCUUUAGC